AUUUCACCUCGGAACCGGACUCGGACUCCUACCUGGUAGCGCCGUCGCACCUUCUCGUCAGCCUGCCGCGCAAGCCUCGCUACUCCCUACCAGUGUGCCAACCCAUCAUCACCACCUGAGCUGGACCACCUCGAUACUGCCAUGCUGCUCCGUCGACGUGCCACUGAGUCCUGUCCACAAGCGUCGUCCAAUGUGUCGCUGAAGCGGAAAGGCCUUGCCGACUUAUGUGGAGAACCACGUCAAUUGGAAUCAGCGAUCACCCGCUCCGCCACCACGAAGAACGCCUUUUCCGCGUUCAAGCGCACCAAGUGCAUUAGCUCCGACGACGCUGCCAAGAAGGUCGUUGCCGACAGUCCACGGGCCAAAUGGCGCCUCCUUGACACCGAAACCAAGCUGCAGAUGCAACGCGUUCCUGUCAUCGAGUUUGGUCGAUUUGAAAUCGAGACGUGGUAUCCAAGUCCAUACCCCACGCACAUGUACCCCGACAACAAGCUCUUUGUGUGCGAGAAUUGCCUUGGGUACACGUCGACGAAGCGGUUGCUAGAGCACCAUCGGAGCGACGACUGUCCAUUGGCCAAGCAACGUCCUCCAGGCCGUACCGUGUACGAGGAAGCCCUGCCGGACGCUCCAUCGCCCUCGUCGUCGUCGUUAAUCCUCGUGGAGGUGGACGGCAUGGCGAGUUCCACGUACUGCCAGAACCUGUGCCUGCUGGCCAAACUGUUCAUGGACCAAAAGACUCUGUACUUCGACGUGAGCGUGUUCUGGUUCUACCUGCUUUGCAUUUACGACAAGCGCAGCGGAAACGUGCAUCCUGUGGGGUAUUUCUCCAAGGAGAAAGCCAAUCCCGACCAGUACAACCUGUCGUGCAUUGUCGUGUUCCCACCCUACCAACGAAGGGGCUAUGGGUCGCUGCUCAUUUCGCUCUCUUAUGAACUCACCAAGCGGGAGCACACUGUGGGCACGCCCGAAAAGCCGCUCUCAGUGCUUGGCCGCGCAGCGUACAUGGAGUACUGGCGCUUUGUGCUCCUCACGGAGCUGUGCAAGAUGGGUGGCAGCAGCAGCACCACCACUUCUUCCACAACCAUAUCCAUUCAAAAGCUCAGCGCCGCAACUGCCAUCACGCCCGACGACAUCGUCGCGACGCUGCGCGAGUGCCCAGGCGUUGUCGUGUCCGACAAGUCCACCCGAGGCUCUCCUACCACGAAGCCAUCGUUUGGAAUGUGCCUUGCCACGGCGUCGGCCUUGGUGGCUGCCUCUAGACCCGUGCGGGUAUGCAAACCCCGCCAGUUGAAAUGGAAACGACCCACGAAACUACGUUAACACUGUUGUAUUUAUACCCCACAUGUCCGCA